GAGAGAGAGAGGAGGCGCCGCAAAUAAAUGCUGACCUAUGAUUAUAACUCAGAGUGUUUGACAACUUCUUUACCUUGAACAUGGAAAUCCCCGUGAAAACCCAGUUAAUCUUCUCCGUGGCCUCAGGAAGUGGUGGCAGCGUCAGCCUGAGACGAUUAGUACUGCAGCACGCGUACGUCCGGCUUCCCAAACCUCCGAGGGAGCUGCUCGUGCAACACACUGAGACUCGUCUGGAGCCCAGGAAGAAGCUUGGGUCUGAGUAUGAGUCCCUGAUGGAAGUGGCGGCGCUGUCAGCCAGUCCAGCUGGCCACCUCUCCGGGCCCAUAGUCGUGGGGGGCAUCUUGGCGGAGGGGACUGUAAGGGUUCAUGGAGCUCCUGGCUCAAAUUACAAGCAAAAGUACUUGAAGGGCGGGAACUUGAGGCUGCUGAGUACCCCCUUGGCCGAGGGAGGGGACCAGGCCUUCCUCACACUUAGCUUUACUCAGGUCAACCGCAAGAGUCUGGACUUCCAGAUCAAGUAUGGGUCCAGCCUGCAGCACCUCCACGGGGUAGUGAGCCAGCUAAAGGCCCACCUGCAGCAGUCUGGCAGCCUCAGUGGCGCCCUCCGGUCGUGGAGUGAUUGUCUUGCUGUUUGGGUGACUUAG